GUAGUGAGGACGAAGGGGUAAAGUGAUUGUUCAAAGAAAAAAAUGAAGUUUAGGAACAGUUUGAUGCUGGUGUCGUCACACGGACAACAUGACUGAUAGACCAGAGACAUGGGGUGCUGCUGUUCCUUUUACCGAAUGAAACAGAUUUUCAUUAUUUGUAACACAGUUCUCUGGUUUGCGGGUCCGGCUCUUCUUGGUGUCUCUAUCUGGCAGUACAUUACUCUACAGUCCUACAAUCCAGUUCUGGAAAUCAGCAAGUUCCAGAUUCCCGCCAUUAUCUACAUAUCAGCUGGCGUGGCGUCAACUGUUAAUGGGAUCAUUGGGUGUAUGGGAGGAGUCAACGAAAGAAAAGGCGUCAUCCUGCUGUUUUUGCUGUUUCUGGUUAUAAUUUCUGGUGUUGAAGUGUUAGCCACUGUCCAAUUCUUUCAAUUUUAUGAUGAGAUGCCACAAUAUUUAUCUGAUAGAUUGUUGACCUUCGUUCGAGAUUAUUACCUUGAUUCUUCAGUUCGGGAAAAUUUAGACAAUCUCCAAAAAGAGAUGGAGUGCUGCGGGUGUUAUAAUCAAACAGAUUUCUCCGCCACUCAGAUACCACGAACCUGUUUUAAAAUAUUGGUUGAUCACCACAAUUCAUCGAACACUUCAAAUAUGAUUUACACUGAUGGAUGCUGUGAAGCACUUGAGAUCUGGACUAGAGAUAAUUUAUUAAUCAUUGGUUGGGGAGGCUUCUCUUUCUCAGUUGCUCAAAUUUUCGGAGUCAUCCUCUCAUGUUGUUUUUACUACACAUUGAAAAAGGAAUAUGGAUGAACGUUGCUGUGACGUCAUUUACUGCUGUAGGAUGUUUGCGAAUACUUUGUGUUCAGCUUAAAGCUUUUCAUGGAAUCUCAUACUGUUAAAUGCAAUUAAAAGAGAUGUGA